UUUCUUUUUUUAUUUACAUUCAAUUAACUAAAUGAGCACAUUAACAAACACAGAACAGACACAACUUUCUAGAAAGACACCACCGUUACUACCAGGAACACUAAGGAUAACCAUCAAUAGCUGCUUUUUAAAUGUAACAGUAAAACGACCUUAUGUCACUAUCACCAUUGGAGAUCAAUACUACAAGACAUCUGUAUCUGAAUACCCCCAAGGAAAAUGGAAUGAAGGAUUCGAACUAAAAGUGACGUACCAUAAUCAAUUAUUUGAUACGAUCCAACUCGACUUGUACGACAGUUAUACCUUUUUUAUGGAUAAACAUAUCGGUCGAGCAGAAAUAAGGAUACGCAACCUAGAAGGCAUGCCAGAGAUCUUCACUAGUUAUUACGAAGUCCUUGAAAAAAAACUAUCCAUGGGGGCUACAUCACAGGUCAGCAGAAAGGCUUUAAUGACCUCUGGUGUAGGUGCUAUCCAAGCUCAAAUUGCGUACCAGUAUAUUUCAUCCGUUUCCGAAAACGAGAACAAUGACCUCUCAGAGAUGAACUGGUUGAUAGACAAACAGACCCACGCACUAUCCACAAAAGACUUAUCCGACCAAGAAUUAAUACUCGAGUUCAAUCAACUCUUAAAAAACCAGCGUCGUGAAAAUGGUGAUAUUCAGUUCCAAAAGUUUGAACAGAAUUAUCCAGAUGAGGAUGAAAACAGCACUGUGUCCCCCACCGCUACCACCAGCAGUACAUCAUCGGACGAACAGCAUAUACCGCCAUUAAAAUCACGCGCACUGGUUGAGAACGAACCUAAAACAAACACCAUGUUUGAAACUGUAUCUUCUUUUUUUGGUUAUGGAGCACCCAAUCUCUCUCCACCUUCACCGCCCAUCGAAAAGAAGGAGGCUCCUCUGUCUCCUCCACCCUUGGACAUUUUAAACACAGAGGACGAGAGUUUAAAAUCAUUUCCAAUUUUGGAUACUAUCGGUUCAUGGACAAUGGCUAAAGAAACAAGUCAAGUCCUGCGGGCUAUAGGUAAGUUACUCGUGGCUUUUGGUCAAGGGUUUGAAUUAUCCAACCUUCAAAUACUCUCGGGUUUCAACGUUGUCGAGAAAUUCUACAAUGAUUUACCAAGAGAAAGAACAUGGGAUUUAGUAGAAGAUGUUUCCGAGAUUGAAAUGGCCUCUUACAUGUGGCGAUAUGCUAUGGCUUCCUAUGGUUGGAAAGGUUUGAACUUUAUCGGCAAAGGAAACGGUAUCUUUUCAGACGCUAUCCGCUCUCAAUCCGAUGCUCUAUCCAUUUGUGAACAUUUGGAUCUUGCCAAGGAAGAUUUACUGGCCUACGAGUUUAGAACUGCCGCUGCCUUCAGACCUAGUUAUUUCAUUGCCAGAGAUAGAAAAUUGAAUGCCAUCGUUUUGAGUAUCAGAGGCACCAUGAGUACAUUUGACACCAUGACGGAUCUUGUUUGUGAAUAUGAGCCUUGGAAGGGCGGUCUUGUGCAUAAAGGGAUGAAAUCUUCUGCUAAUUGGUUCUUUAGACAUAUUGCCCCCAAACUCAUUGCGUAUGUUAAUAAGCAUUCAACCACAUCGCUUUAUAUCGUCGGUCAUAGUCUAGGUGCUUCCACCGCCGCCAUUCUGACCAUCAUGCUUCAAGACUUUAUCAACGAAUUUAGAAAGGGGAAAGAUGGAGAAUUUAGUAUUCAUAGUAUCGGCUAUGCUCCUGCUUGUGGCCUAAGUCUUGAUCUUGCAAACAAGUACAAGGAUCAAAUUCAAUCCAUUGUAUUCGCAGAUGAUUUUGUCAGUAAACUUAGUUAUGGAUCCAUGAUGGAUGUUAAAGAAUUAAUUAUAGCUGGUGCAGAAGCAGCCAACGCGAUGGGAAUUGGACAAUUUAUCUGGACGGGUGAAUUGGAUAACAACAAGAAAUGGAAAGCCGCUUUUGAAAGGAUCGCGGAAUGUCGUCGCCGGUGCUUAGAAUCUAUGUCCAACCCAAGGUUGUAUGUAGCUGGAACCGUCUAUCAAUUCUGGCUUGACCCCAUACCCAAAAAUGAAUCCCGUAUUGUGAUUGAGAGAGCUACGCCUGAAAAGGUGUCGACAGAGUUAAUCAUUCGCAUGUCUAUUCUUCUCGAUCAUUUACCAACCAAUUUUGAUGUUGCAUUUAAACGAGCCUUGGAAGGUUUAAACUCGGAUAGCAAUGUUAUCAAUGAAGAACACCCCUUACCCGAAAGAAAACCAUCGAUGGAAGACAAGUUAUUUGAUUCCGUAGCUGAAGUAGGAUUAAAGGGGACAACAGAGAGAAGCGGUGGUGAAGGAAAUGUCGUUGGACAGGAAGAAAAUAGAUAAUGAUUCCAUGUUAACUCUCCCAAUUUUUGAUAAAUUGUAGCGAUCUAGGACGGAUUUUAAAUAU